AUGGCACCUUUCACCCCUCGAGGAGGCGCCCGUGGUGGCCGUGGAGGCGGCGCUCGUGGAGGCCGUGGUGGUUUCGGUGGUGGUGAUCGCGGCGGCUUCGGUGGCCGUGGUGGUGCGCGAGGUGGCUUCGGUGGCCGAGGUGGUCGUGGCGGCGGUCGCGGCGGCUUCGGUGGCAAGCCUGGCCAGAAGGGCGGUGCCAAGGUCAUUGUUGAGCCUCACCGCCACCCCGGUGUCUUCGUCGUCCGCGGCGGUAAGGAGGAUGGUCUUGCGACUCGCAACCUGACCCCUGGCGAGUCCGUCUACGGCGAGAAGCGCAUCUCUGUCGACGAGACGGUCCAGAACGACGAUGGUACCACCACCACCACCAAGAUCGAGUACCGCAUGUGGAACCCCUUCCGAAGCAAGCUUUGCGCUGCCAUCGCUGGUGGUGCCGAUGAGAUCUACAUCAAGCCCGGCUCCCGCGUCCUCUACCUCGGUGGUGCCUCUGGUACCUCGGUGUCCCACGUCGCCGACCUUGUCGGUCCCACCGGCUACGUCUACGCCGUCGAGUUCUCUUCGCGAUCCGGCCGUGAUCUCAUCACCAUGGCUUCCAAGCGACCCAACGUUGUCCCCAUUGUCGAGGACGCCCGUCAGCCUGCCCGCUACCGCAUGAUUGUCCCCAUGGUCGAUGUCAUCUUUGCCGAUGUUGCCCAGCCCGACCAGGCCCGUAUCGUCGCCAUGAACGCCAACUGGUUCCUCAAGGUUGGCGGUGGUGUCCUCAUCUCCAUCAAGGCCAACUGUAUCGACAGCACUGCGCCUGCCGCCGAGGUCUUUGCCAACGAGGUCCAGAAGAUGCGAGCGGAGUCCAUCAAGCCCAAGUUCCAGCUCACCCUGGAACCCUUCGAGCGUGACCAUUGUUUGGUUGCCGGCGAGUACCAGCGCUACAAGUCCUAAAUUGACAUGAGCGGCUAAGGAGUUUUCGCUUGGAAUCAAGAUGAGAAGAGAUGGUCUGCUUUGUCAUGCGGUUUCCCAGGUUUCUCACGAUCCCCGGUAGACAUUUCUUGCGCGUCUUCAGCUUGCAUCAGGGAAAAAUGGUUGACGGCUUUUCUUCAACAAACGGCGAGGGGCGUUCCGGGUGGGUUGGAUCUGUAUACAUAUCAAAUGUUGUCCCAAAUCAUUUUUUUGGUGGUUUCACGGCUCCAAGAAAUCUAUAAACAGUUGAUCACAAACCAUAAAGCACAACCAACACCACCCCCGGGGACGACGUCCUUGAUUGAGCGAUCGGAGACGAAUAUGGCACGGGAUCAGACAGACGAUGGAUGCUUUAUGUGGCCAAGCAAGCAGUCUGGUACACGUCUGCCCGGCCUACGACUUCAUGAUACCCCCAUACGAUGGCCACGCCUGGCGUCCCUGUGUUGUGUCUUGUUUAUAGAGGAUAGUUUAGGAAUGCAAUUUGUAAUGUUUUG